AUGGCGGAAGAAGUCAAUCUGCAAGUGUACAUGGAGGGUUUGUCCCGCGUGGACCGCGUGGUAGACGACUCGGGCUACGCAUUCACAGCUCUCGACGUCAUUGAAAAAGGCCUGGUGAGCCUCGAGCCGAUCAAGGGCUACUCGCAUUUGCUGUAUGUGAACGUAUCCAAGAACCACAUCGCCGACGCCUCACCACUGUCAGAGCUCCAGUAUCUCGUCUGCGUUGAUUUGUCUGAAAACGCUCUUGCUGCGCCGCCAUCACUUCCACAGCAGUAUUUGCAGUCGCUAGAUAUCUCCGGGAAUCAAAUCGCUGCGUUGCAAGGGCUUGAGUCUGGCUCGCUCUCAGUGCUCAAGAUUAAUGGCAAUGCGUUGGCCAAUCUUGUUGGUCUUCAGAGUUUGCCGUCACUCACCACUCUGGAGGCAUCUCGUAAUGGCAUUGAAGAUCUCAGCAGCCUCGCCAACGACGCAUCCGCCAAGCUGGAGACUCUGUCAUUGGAUGAGAACAAACUCACGACGCUGAGUGGGAUUGAGAAUCUGCCUGCAUUGCGCACGCUUUCGCUCCAGCAAAACAAUAUUGAGGCGCUUGAGGGUGUGCAGCCGCUUGAGCAGCUCACCAAGCUGACAAGCUUGAACUUGACCGGUAACCCCGUGACUCAAGUCGACGACUACCGUUCGUCGAUCAUCUUGCUGGCGCCAACGCUUACGCAACUUGACGGUGAACCGCUCACGGACGAGGAUCGCCUGGCCGCAGUGGAGCUCAAGCACCGACGAGAGGCCGAGGCAGCUGAACAAGCGGAAGGCAACGAGUAG